CUCAACAUCAGACAACGCCAUUUUUUUCCCACAUCAACCCCACGUCGUUCUCAGGAGAGAACGAGUUAGUGCGGUCCUUAGUUAAACGAAUCGAAUUUACUCAAGCUCUCAUUCCGGGUGGCGACUGUGUCCAAAACGAGCACACCCGCCCGCGAGGCAGCGCUCUUCCGCAGCCACGACGACAGCGCGGAGUGACAGUUGAUUUGACCAACGGGACGCCCCGGCGAGGCAGCAAGAACCUCUCCGUCAGUGCAACGGGCGGGAUAUCCGCAGCAGUAAGCUAGCUAAUAACAUGGCGAAGACUUACGAUUACUUGUUUAAACUACUUUUAAUCGGCGACUCGGGCGUCGGGAAGACCUGCGUGCUUUUCAGAUUUUCAGAAGAUGCCUUCAACUCCACGUUUAUCUCAACCAUAGGUAUUGACUUCAAAAUCAGAACAAUAGAAUUAGACGGAAAGAAGAUCAAACUACAGAUAUGGGAUACAGCAGGACAAGAGAGGUUCAGGACCAUCACGACGGCCUACUACAGAGGAGCCAUGGGCAUCAUGUUAGUGUAUGACAUCACCAACGAGAAGUCCUUUGACAACAUCAAGAACUGGAUAAGAAAUAUAGAAGAGCACGCCUCGGCAGAUGUAGAGAGGAUGGUCCUCGGCAAUAAAUGUGACGUCAAUGACAAGCGGCAGGUGUCCAAAGACAGAGGAGAGAAACUGGCGCUGGAGUACGGUAUCAAGUUCAUGGAAACGAGUGCGAAGGCGAACAUCAACGUGGAGAAUGCCUUCCUGACCCUGGCCAGAGAUAUCAAAGCAAAGAUGGACAAGAAGCUGGAGGGCAACAAUCCUCAGAGCAGCAAUCAGGGAGUCAAGAUUUCAGAGCAGCCCAAGAAGAGCAACUUCUUCCGCUGCACGAUUCUGUGAGGAGAAGAAAAGCGUCGGCAUCCACCAUCGCCUUAACCGCCCCCCCACUGGACAGAACUGGACAGAGCACUCACCGAUGCCUGUUUUAUCCCUCCUCCCUCGUCUUCCGUCUUCUGAUCCUGUGAAUUAAUUAGGAAAAAA